ACCCCGUCUAACUACCUGAUCGUCUCUCUGGCUGUGACCGAUCUACUUGUUGGGAUCGUAGUCUUUCCUCUGAGCAUGUCUUUCUCUCUCAGCUACUGUCUGUAUUACAGAGACUUAUUCUGCAAAAUACGAGACAGCUUCGAUGUCAUACUGAGCUCAACCUCCAUUUCAAAUUUGUGCUGUAUUUCUGUGGACCGAUACUAUGCAGUGUGUCAGCCUCUAACAUACAGAUCUAAGAUAAACACUGGUGUUGUUCUGGUUAUGAUCCUCAUGAGCUGGGGAAUUUCCAUACUUGUUGCUGUCGGUUUUAUUAUUGUAGAGAUAAAUCAGGGAAAAUGUCAAGAAAAUUGCUUUUCUGAUGCUGUGCUUGAAAAGGUUUUUGCCCCCAUGAUCUCAUUUUAUCUCCCAGUGACCAUAAUGCUGUAUAUAUACCUGAGGAUAUUUCUUGUUGCACAAAGACAGGCUCGCAGCAUCCAGACUGCAGUAGAGUCUGGGGCAACUGUGAGUAACAUGGAAAGAAAGGCAACCAAAACUCUGGCUAUUGUUCUAGGAGUUUUUCUGAUGUGCUGGCUGCCUUUCUUCCUCUGUUUUUCCCUCCAGUUGUUGGGUGGUGUGUCAGUGAUGGUGUAUGAAACCCUUAACUGGCUUGCACUGUCAAACUCAAUGCUCAAUCCAUUCAUCUAUGCUUUCUUUUACAGCUGGUUCAGGUCGGCAUUCAAAAUGAUAAUGUCUGGAAAAAUCUUUCAAGGAAAUUCAAACGCUAAGCUAUUUUAAUACAAUUUAAAUCAAAGAAGCAGAUAACCCUCCAGUCUGGAACAUACUUGUGAAAAAUGUAUCAUAUCUGAUUUAAAAAGUUUAAUGGAGUCUUUUUUUAGAUGACUCUUAUUUACUUCGUUUAUGGCAUGCUGAUAAUGUAACAUCAUAUAAUUUGAUCAGGAUCUUGUGAUGCUUUAUGAACUGCAAAACC